GAUGGGGGUUUGACUGAGAAAGAGACUUGUUUUCACUCUCUGAUUCACCUAGAGUUGAACCCAGCUCCACCGGGUUCGAUCCAAGAGAUUUCUCAUCCAAGCGACCCCAAACCCUCCCCGCUCAUGGCGACGGCGCAUUCGAUCCAAUCCGUUCCCACACUUUCCCGGCCCCCGCCACCGGCGUCCGCAGCUCCGACCCCGCCCCCUUUCAGUACUCCAAAUCGCUUGCUCGAACCCUCCUCCAUGGGGCACCGCGAUAGGGAGAUCGGCUCCAAGCGAGCGAAGCUCCCGGCCGCCGACGGCGCAAGCGAGGACCGCCUCAGCGCGCUACCCGACGACGUUCUUAUCGGCAUCCUCCUCAAGCUCCGCCGCACCGCCUACGCCGCUCGGACCAGCGUCCUGUCCCGCCGCUGGCGCCGCCUCUGGGCCCUCCUCCCGAAUCUCAACUUCACCGGCGACGCCGACCACCACCGCAUACUCCCCGCUCUCGCCGCCCAUCAAGCGCCGGUGCUCCAGGGCCUAAGCGCCUUCGUUGACGACAUCUCUGCCGAAUCCGUGGCGACCUGGCUCCCCAUAGCCGCGCGCCGCCUCUCCGGCGGUAUACUGCUUUACAACGCUGUACCGCAGAACCAGGCCAGGGAAAGAGGCGUCUUUGAGCUGCCACGCUUCGAGAACACCACCUCUAUCGUGUUCGACCUAGGAUUUCUUGGCCUUGCCGUGCCGCAUUCCAGCGUAUUCGCCCGCCUCGUCUCUCUCUGGCUGUUUGGUGUCCAUCUGCAUGGCCCGUGCGAGCUUGGUGACGCUCUCUCCUCACCGCGGUGCCCAUCCUUACGAGAACUCAAGAUCCGCGAUGCCUGGGGUCUUGGUAACUUCACCAUCCACUCUGAGUCUCUCCUGCAAAUGGAGCUGAAUAACUUGUAUGGCUUGCAGCAGCUCACUGUAGAUGCGAAGAACAAAGGUCACCAUCAAUACCUGAUGGAGGACAUGACAAGGCUCCCUAACAUUACACUCUUGACCCUGGAUGUAAUGACAAAAGGACAUUCAUUUGCAGCAAGCUUAUUCCAUAUUCUCAGGAUGUGUACUGGUGUAAGAAAGUUGGCUCUUGUCUUUCUUGGAAAACCUAGCAAUCUGGAGGCACAAGUUACAUGCCCAUCAGGUUGCAUUUGUGAUCAACCCCUAAACUGGAAAAGCGAGGAACUCAUAUUAAAUUGCCUCCAAGAAAUAGAAAUCAAUGGGUUUGGAGGAACUGAACAUGAAGUUGCUCUUGUGAAAUUGUUAUUCAAUUGGGCAGCAGUGCUAAAAAAGAUGACAAUAGCUUUCCAUUACUCAAUUCCUAAAAGAAAGGCUGAGGAGUUGGGCCACAUGUUACUAGGCUUCUCCAGCCCAGAAAUAUUGAUGGACUUUUUGCAUAUCAAGUAUUCUCGAGAAGGCGCAUGCUCCACAAGGCUCCAACUUUCCCGUUCUUUUCAGUUUUUAGAAGCUUCAGGUGUGGAAAAUCCUAAUGCUGGCAUGUAGAAGAGUGGUGAUGAAUUCGUAAGUUAGAUUAAUGCAUUUAUGAUUGGCUUGCGCACAAUGCAGGAUGCCUUGUGGGUUGUGUGUUUCUCUGUUAGGUGAGAUGCACAGGGAGGGGGUGUGUAGCUUAGUUUCUGCUGUGAACUGCUAAAUAACUAGUAGCAAAGACUUCACCAUCGAAUUAUUUUGGUAAUGAAAUAUUGGUGGUAACUUGGCUUUAACUAAA